AUGGCCAUUAGAAAUUUCAGAAAGGUUGAAAGGAGCUCCCAAACUCCACCCGGAUGGCGUUUGGCAACUGUGAAAGAAGCGCAAGAAUAUUCAAUAAGACAUAUUUUAGACGAUUGGGACAGAGUCCGUCUACUAGAUGGCUGGAUCGGAGGCUCUGGUUACUACGUCAAUGUCCAAGAGCGUUUCAGACCGUGUCUUGGAUACAUGUUAGUCGUUGAGUCACCAACUCCCCAGAUAUCCGACGCAGAUGACAGGAAGGCACUCCUAUAUUCUGAGGUUCCUGAAUUGAGUGAAGAGGGAAGAAGUGCUGCGUUCCUAUUAUGCUGUGAAGACUGGAACGAGGAGGUCCUUCAUUGGUUGCUGCCAGGACUGGAUAUUCGUGCAAUACACAAAGAUGAUCAAACGAAAGCGGCAAGCGAAGUAGUAAGCGCCAUAGCCAGGAAGUGGCAGGAUGUGCAUGCAAAGAGCAGAGAACGAGAAAGGGAAUUUUCUUUCGAUGUCUUGGGGAUGGGCUUUCAAGAGUCUUUGAAAGCAUUGACAGUCGACACCAAAAAGUAUUUGAGAGCCUUGAUCAACGAUGAAAAUUCAGAGCAAGGAAAGAUUAUAGAUGAGAUUCUACAAGAACUCAACCGUGAAAGUGACUGGACAGAGAACUUCGAGAUGUUUCAAGACUUUAGACUGGAGGUCGGUGAUGAAAGUGUCUGGUAUGUUGUGGUUGAAAACAUGGCUUGGCAAACGUUCUACAUUCUGUGCUCCGGAUUAUAUGGUAAAGUGGUGAUGCAUUCUGAUCCAUUACUGACAGAACUGAUUCACUACGCCUACUCUUUUUUAGGGAAAACCCAAAAAGAAGUAACAGCAGCGGCAAAAGAGGCCGACCCCGAUUUCAAGCGGUUUGAUGAGAUUUUACGGUUCUCACUGUUCAGCUAUAAAGGCAAGCCUGAUGUUUUAAGCGCCUGUCUUCUUCGGGCGGCACAGAAAGGCGAUGCAAAUCUGGUUAAACGGCUCAUAGAUAUGGACGUACAACCCUCUGCAGCAGAUAAUCUCCUUGAUGGAUCCACAGCGUUGCACCAAGCAGCAAAUCUGAAAGAUGAAUCCAAUGGGCUUAAAAUCGCAGAGAUGCUGCUUAGAAAAGACGAAACCCUUGCAAACGCAGUUGACAGUAUAAAGAGGACGACUCUGCAUAAGGCUGCCUAUAGUGGCAAGGACAGAAUGUGCGCACUCCUCCUCCACCACAACGCAAGCUUGACCGCCAAAGAUGAGGAUGGGUUUACUCCGCUUCACUACGCAAUAGAAAAGAGAAGAGAGGAGGUUGUUGGUGUUCUACUUUCAGCAGGAGGAGAGGACAGUAUUGAAGGGAGCGCUUGUUUGAUGGAUGUCGAGGACAAUAAAGCAAAGACGCCCCUGGAUUAUGCUAUUAGCGUAGGCUCCAAUGAGAGUAUGGUGGCGUGGCUGCUGUCAGUGUCCAGCCAACCACAAUCUUAUUUUGCGAAGCUGGAGGAGUACCAACCACUGUCAGCGUAUCUGCGCGAGAGUUCGCGAAUGGGGUAUCUGGAUCUCGUUCAAAAGCUGCUCGAUGGAGGAGCCGAUCCUCUUGAAGGAGACGAUGAAGGAAAGACAUCACUCCACUACGCUGCCGAGGGUGCAGACGAGGAUGUGGCAUGGAAAAUUAUUGAAAAACUGCUGUUUGAUAAAAAGCAAGGAAGUAUAAACUGGAGGAAAGCAUCAGCGGGUGAUAAAUACGGAAGAAACGUGCUUCACGUCGCAGCUUUCCUUGGAAGGAGAUGGCCUUGUCAACGGCUUUCAGAGGGUAACAGAAAUCUUAUAGAUACCAAGGAUCGUGAUGGACAGAAUGCUAUGUUUCAUGCAGUAGCUGGAGCCCAUGACGAUACCGAUGUUUUAGACUACUUAUUUGAAAGAAAAGAACCUAGAAAUCAUGUUUUGGCCAAAGAUUUCAGCCAAACCACCCUUUUGCACGUGGCUGCUGCUAAAGGCAACGUAAAAAUGGUUUACAAGCUUCUUUCGUUGAUUUCAACAGAAGAGAGUAAGAAGAAAUAUGUUGGGGCACCAGACGUGCUGGGUCAAACAGCACUGCUCAAAGCAGCAAGAGGAGGCCACGGGAAAGUUGUUAAAAAGCUUCUUGAGGAGGGAGCCAAUCCGUUAAAAGAACGGGAUUGUGAUGGCAAAACAGCUUUACAUUUUGCGGCUCAAGCAGAUGACGAACAAGCCGUGAAAAUAGCUGAGAUGCUUUUGGAAAACUGUAAAUCGGAAAAACAGAAAAGCCUGCUUUUGUUUGCUUCUGCAGUUGGAAUUAGUUUUCCCGUUUCUUCUCGGCUUGAAGAAUAUCUUAAACAGGAAAAAACUAAAAUAGAGAAAACAAUAGGCCUGGGGAAUUCGCUUAGAGUAGCGGCAACACUAGGCGACACAGAUAUGACACUGGAGUGCGUCACCAGAGGCGCAAAUAUUGCUCUCAUUCGCAAUGACCAAUGGAUAACCACUCUCUCAGAAGACGAAAAAAAGAAUGUCGAAGAUGUUCUGAGCCAAAUAAAGACUCUUGUUGAACAAGGGACUGACAAACCGGCUGUGGAGGAUAACCUUGGACGAAGUCCCUUUGCCAUUGGUCUGUCUGCAUUAUUUUUGAAUCCUUUUGUGAAAUCCCCUGUUACCGUGGGAAUCUCGGGAGAAUGGGGAAUGGGCAAAUCCAGUGUUAUGCUUCAGACAGAGAGCAAUCUUCUAAAGGCAGCAUCACAGUUAGCAUUCUCAAAAUCAUUUAAAAAAGACAGUUUAUUUGGAGCAGGCGAAUCUGAAUUAUCUAUCAUUGGAAAAGGCAAGCGUAGGAAAAUAGCAUAUGCAAUAGAGAGGUUUGAAAGGAGGGAUGACCCUGGUAUAAACGAAAACAUUGGAAUGUCGAUUAAACGAGUAAAGAACUUCACAGCAAAGGUUUCGAAAACAAUUUUUGAAAAGAGCAAGAAACAAGCAGCAGAGCAAGCAGACUCGAAAAAUCCCUCCAAGGUGAAUAAUUUGAGCGAGAAACAAGCAACAGCCUCCGAGGUGACGGAUACCCACAUUUCUUCAGGGUUCCCCUCAAGGUUUCGCAAAUUUUGGAGUAAGCUCCGAGCACUAUGGGAGGAAUCUGCACCUUUCGAUUUGCCCAAGUUUAAUGAGUUCUUAGGAGGAAAAUAUGAACUUAAACAUCAUCAAAUUUUUAAGUCCCUGGCCGUCAUUGACAGGCGUGAUAUGUUUGAACAAGAGGAAGCAAGUGGGUCUGGAAAUCAAAUGGUCAGUGAAAUGCCAUGGGAGGAAUACUCGUUGCAGGGGAACACACCUUCCAUUUUGACAGUACAAUACAAUGCCUGGCAUUACAGAGAUGAAACCGAGGCAUGGGCUGGUCUCGCAGUAGAAAUCACAAAAGAAUUGGAAGCAACGAUGACGGUGGCGCACAAGCUGAGGACUAGCUGGAUAUAUAAUUGGAUAAACCGCAGAGACAUAAUCUGUUUGAAUGUAAUCUUCCCAUUCAUUCUCGCAUUACUGGUGGCCAUCUUUCUCACUAUCAUUGUAUGGUUAGUAUUUGAUACAGCCCAUAAUAAAGAUAUAAAGAAACUUAAAUAUGGAGGUUUACCAACAUCGAUGAUUGUAUUUGCUUGGGGUUUAGGGAAGUUGGUCAUCUCUUUUGUCAAACCUAUCAGUUCUCAGGUCGUCGAUUAUAUAUGUCUGCCAGACCAUAGGCAAAAGCUUGGUUAUCAAAAGCAGGUUAUUUCUGAUAUCAACUUUUUGAAAAAAAAUCUGAGUUAUAAAUUCUCCUGGAAGUGGGAGGCGUUUGCUUUUAUAUGGUGCUGCAUUACUUGGAGAUGGAAAGAUAACUAUGUUCCAGGAACAAAGAUUCCCAAGAUGCCCCCUGCUUCUGGUAAUAAACUCAGGAUGAUAGUCUUCGUCGACGAUCUCGAUCGUUGCGAAGAAAAUGUUAUUCUGCAGGUAUUGUCAGCAGUGAAUCUGGUUUUGGCCGCUUGCGAGAUCAACGUUAUUUUGAGCAUGGAAAAGAGCAUGAUCCAAAGGGCAAUAUUAAGGAAGUACGGGAACAUCAAGAACAAAGAUAAUAAGUCCAAUGAGGAGUUAGCAGAGAAAUAUUUAAGGAAGAUAGUUCAGCUGCCGCUACACCUUCCAGACCCUAGCGACUCAGAGUCCAGUGACUUUUUGAAAUGGCAGCUAGGUAUGUGGGAUAGUAUACAUGGUUCUACGGGUCUAGCAGAAGAAACAGAAAAGAAUACUGCUCAUGAGUGUAACAAACUGAAUCCGAAGUUUCAAAUUUCAACUCCUCCACCUUUAGAGAAAUUUAAACAAGGUAGAGAAGCAAGAAAAGAAUAUUUUAGAGAAUGUGUAGCUAAAAUCCGAAGAGACCUAGCCAAGUCAGAAAAUGGGAGACGAUCCAUCUCUGGAGUUGAAGAUGCAACGACUGAGACAGAUGAGACAACCGACAGUGAACACUCAAUAGAUGAAGAAGGCACAGGCUCCGGAGUUGAAGAAGAAACGACAGAGAUACACGAGACAACCGACCGUGAACAUGCAAUAGAUGAAGAAGGUGCGGGCAUUGUGAAACGUGACACACCUGGCAUUGAGAAAGCAGGUGAAUAUAUCAUUCAAAUAUACAGAGCAUUUUAG